AUGAUCCGAGCCUACUCCAAAAUACCCAGUUCCCAAGAAUCGCUUCAUCUCUUCCAUCGGAUGCUCGUGCUGGACGCAUCCAAGGCUGUUGUCCCCGAUAACUAUACAUUCACCUUUGUGAUCACGUCUUGUUCGCAUCAAAAUUUGAUAGUUUAUGGUGAAAUCAUUCAUGGGCAGGUGAUAAAAAGUGGGUUUGAAUCUGAUAUCUUUGUGGGUAAUUCGUUGGUAAACAUGUAUUCAGUGUUUGUAAAAAUGAACGAUUCUCAGAAGUUGUUCGAUGAAAUGCUUCACAGAGAUGUUUUCACUUGGACUAGCCUUUUGGGUGGGUAUAUAAAGCUUGGGGAGAUGGGUACCGCUAGUGAAUUGUUUAGCGAAAUGCCUGAACGGAAUAAUGUUUCUUGGGCCGUUAUGAUUGCUGGGUAUGUCAGUGGUGGAAGGUAUACUGCUGCACUUCGAUGUUUCCAUGACAUGUUUUGUGAUGAUAAGGUGAAGCCCAACGAGAUGGUUCUUGUCUGCGUUUUAUCAGCUUGUGCUCAUAUUGGAGCCUUAGAUCAGGGGGAGUGGAUUCAUGCUUAUAUCGACAGGACUCGAGUCCGGAAGAGUUCAAACAUUUCAACAGCUCUCAUUGAUAUGUACGCAAAAUGUGGGAGAAUAGGAUGUGCUACUCAAGCUUUUAAUGCAGCAUCUGAUAGAAAUGUGCUCACUUGGACUAGUAUGAUCACAGGGUUAUCGAUACAUGGACUUGGCAAGGAUGCCCUUCAGGUUUUCUCUCAAAUGGUAGAUGAAGGCCUUAAACCCAAUAAUGUCACACUUGUGGGUGUUUUAAAUGGCUGUAGCCACUCAGGACUAGUGGAUGAGGGCUUAUUGACCUUCCACAACAUGGAAAGCUUGUGGGGAAUUUCACCAACGAUUGAGCAUUAUGGCUGUUUAAUUGACCUUCUUGGCCGAGCAGGGCACUUGGAGCGGGCGUUUGAAAUCGCGAAGAGUAUGCCCAUGAAGCCUGAUGUUGUUAUUUGGAGGGCUCUAUUAAGUGCUUGUAGAGUCCAUGGUGAUGUUUGUCUUGGGGAACAGAUUAUGGAUCACAUUGCCCAACUAGACCAUAUUAGUAAUAGUGGAGGUCAUGUCCUGCUUUCAAAUUUGUAUGCUUCUCUUGGUCAAUGGGAAAGUGUUGUUGGAGUGAGGAAGGUGAUGAUUGAAAGAGGGAAGAAGGAAACUAGCCCUGGUUUUAGUUGGAUUGAGGUUUGUGGUAUUGUUCAUGAAUUUCGCAUUGAUGAUCAGCUACAUCCUCAAAUUGUGGAGAUACAUUGUAAGUUGAGAGAAAUGUUGAGAAGGGCAGCCAUGGAAGGAGGCUAUGUUGCUAAUGCAAGGAAAGUUUCAUUUGAUUUACUUGAGGAAGAGAAAGAACAGGCAGUGUCUUGGCAUAGUGAGAAGCUGGCCAUUGCUUUUGGUCUGAUGAAGACUGAAGCAAGGAAUCCUAUCAGGAUCGUGAAGAACCUGAGGACAUGUGAAGAUUGUCAUUCAGCAAUUAAGGCAAUUUGUAGAGUUUAUGGUAGAGAAAUUAUUGUAAGAGAUCGAUCCCGCUUCCAUACUUUUAAGGAAGGAAGCUGUUCUUGUAAGGAUUAUUGGUAG